AUGAGCAAGAAGAUCCUGACGCAUCCGUCUGAAAAAACAAACCUUACGGCAGACAAUGCAGAGUUUGAUCUUGUGAUGGCAAAGGGAGAUCAUUUAGUGAAGAGCUCGAAUGAGAAGUAUAUGGUGAUUGAUAUGCUAGGUACAGGAACAUUUGGGCAAGUGGUUAGGUGUAUAAGUGAUGAUGGUGAAGAAGUUGCUAUAAAAGUGGUAAAGAAUCAUCCAAGGUACUACAAUUAUGAAAUGAAUGAGGUUAGAAUUCUCCAUAAAUUGAUGUAUAAUAAUUUGAAUGAUAGGUUUGUUCUUAUUAAGGAUGUGUUUAUGUAUAAGCAGCAUUUAUGUAUUGUUGAGGAGCUUCUUGGGCAUAAUUUAUAUACAUUUCUGAAGAUGACAAAGUUCAAGGGAUUGGAUCAUAGCACACUUAAGUUUGUUCUUUUCCAGAUACUUGAUGGCAUUCUGCAGCUUUCAAGGAUGGGAAUUGUGCAUUGUGAUCUGAAGCCUGAAAACAUUUUGAUAGUUGAUUAUACAACAUUCAAGGUAAAAAUAAUAGAUUUUGGAUCAGCAACAGUAUCGCCUCAGGAGUCGAAUUUCUAUGUACAGUCAAGAUAUUAUCGUGCACCAGAAGUGAUUCUUGGAAUUCCAUAUGGAUCUAGUUGCGAUAUAUGGUCUGUUGCAUGUAUAGCAUAUGAGCUUUAUUCAGGUAGUCCAUUGUUUGCAGGGAAGGAUAAUAUGGAUCAGAUAGGCAUGAUCCAUCGUUUUUUUGGAUCUUUGCCUGCAUUUAUGCUAGAGCAUGGGAAGAAUUCAAAUAUUUUUUUUGAGAAGGAGAACGGAUACAAGUUUGUAGGAAAACCAAGUUCUAUUUUUACCAUAGAUGACAUGAAACGGAUUAUUAACUCAAAGAGUGUUCAAAUAGAAGAAAACGAAAAUCUACAUGACUUUUUACUGAAAGCAUUGCAGCCCAGCCAUCUUUUACGUCCUGAUGCUAAAUCUUUGAUGAACCAUUCAUACAUUAAAUACAAGAAACCAAUAAUUGAAGAGAUUGCCAGGGCUGAAAAUGAUAGAAGUGGAGUUCAGCAAAAGAUCUUUCCUUCAAGCAAAGCUCAAAGGCACAUGUCUACGACAGGAGUUCUACUUUCAAGAAUCAAGGAAAAUCCUGAUGAAAGUAGAAGGAAAGUAUCAGUCUGUAAUAUUUCCUAUGAUAAUAAUUUGAAUAGAAAUACUUAG